GAGUGACCUUGCCACGUAGUGCACCUUGCUUGGGGGGUAUUUUGAAGUUUGUUCAACGUGAUGAAGCUUGGUUUAGCUAUCCUUUUGGCUGUUUAUUUGGUUGUCCUGGUGUCUUCAGAUUCCGUGGACAAUGUCCGACUGGCUGUCUCCAAGGAAAUCUUGAAUGAGUUCGUCUUUCAAGAAAAAGAAAUCACUAUUCUAUAUACAAUAUAUAAUUUCCAUGAGUCCCGCGCUGCCAAAGAUGUUGAGCUAUUUGAUAUCUUUGCCGAAACAGAAUUUACGCUGAUUCAUGGGAGCCCUUCUGCUCGGUGGGCUGUUAUACCUGCCUCCUCGAACGUCACUCAUGUCUUAAUCCUCAAACCUCAAAUAAAUGGCGUCCAUAAUUUUUCUAGUGCUACAAUUACUUACAAAUCUGGUGAUUUGCAGAAAAGUUCCUUUUUGUAUUCUUCUGCACCUGGUCUACUUACAAUUCACAGACUGAAGGAGUAUAACAAGCGUUUCACUUCUCAUACAAUUGAGUGGAUUGGUUUCGCUUUGUUUGUUACACCGUGCUUACUGAUACCAUAUAUGCUGUGGCGCUCAAGUGCAUCAAAAUACUAGCUCUUUACAGUACUCUUCUUCAUCUGUAUAUUUCUUCUCACGUUGUAUUUUGUUUCUUUGCAUCCAUUAUAUGUAUGUUAUGUAUUUAAAGAGUAUGAAAUGUAUUUGGUAAAUAAAUAGAAAAGCGUAUGCUAGUAAUACUGUGGACAUACUAUAUUGUAUUUCAAAGCAUAAUAAGUAAAUAACUUCAGUCUUCGGCCAAUGCAUGGAUUGAUUCAGUUUCGUUUUGAUUAUUUUUCUAACAUUUUCGGAUUGAUUUAACGAGAAGACGAAGAGGAAGUUUACAUUCGUCUUCGUAUUACUCUUGACUGCCUUGUUCGGUUGGUCUCUGAUCAUUUGGUUGACCAACCUUUUUCGUAUGGUUUAGCGGACCGAAUAUUUUUCGAUGUUUGACUACCGGUUGGUUUGAAUACCAUAGUUCUAGAAAUCCUUAAAAUUUUCUUGAUCCUGGAUUUCAGCGUUUUCCGCUUGGAUUGUUGCCCGUAAUUGUAUACGUGCGUUAAUAUGAUUACAUAUAUUUCACUCCUAGUCCGCAUAUGAGUAACUGAAGAAGGGGUUCAGUCUAGUAUUUUUUUUCUCGAUUGGUACAAUUUACUUUGUAAAUGGUUUUGCAUUUGUUUGCUUUAGCUGCCGUAUAUUUGGCUGUCGACCUGGUGUUUCCGAAGUUAGUGAGUGUUCAUUUUCCUUGAAAUGAUCCCAUACCUCAAUGCUUUCAUGACCUCUUCCUGGAAAGUAGUACUCACUGCCGCCACAUGUUGGGGGGAUGUUUUAACGAAAGUGAGAGUAAGAAGAGUUGACGUUCGGUGCCUAAACUGGCCCAUCUACAAGAGCCGGAAAGGAAUAAUUUCAUAAUAGUGAUAUGUAUGAGCUCUAGGACCCCUAGGAAACGGAAGGCGUAUGAACUUUAGUCACUUGCUGCUAUGGAACUGGAUCUAGUAUCGUUUUCUUGUUUCGUCUGUUAGAUCUAUAUAUCAAAGGCUCAGAAAUCGAUCCCUUGAUCAGGUUAUUUUCGUUGUGGGCGCCCUGGUAGUACCUCCGCGUAUACGUAUAUAAUAGUAAGCAAUUAGGAGUGAAGUGUUCUACCAUAUUGAAUUUGAUCUAAUAAUAACUUAUCUUUCGGUUUGAAACGGUUACAUCGGUUUGGUGACAUUGAAUUCCUAGGGUUUCAAGAUAUCUGUUCUCUGAGAUGCUUUUCACAUAGCAAGACUGUCCGUUCUCGGAUUUCUGGGGUUGGUUUCUCACUGGUCGAUCGGUUCAGUUUUUGCCUAGUGAGAGAUAUAGAGAUUUUCUGUUUAUUUUUAAUACGAAUGUACACAAUCCUGCUUGUACGUUGGUUGUUUGCUGAAGUUUAGUAUUUGGUCUAUGUGACAGGUCCCUG